AUGGCAGGGUUUGAUGAACGUGGUGCUUUGGUUGAUGUAGAGCUUCAGGAUGGUUUGCUGAAAAUGACAGUUCCAUUACCUGGAGCUGGGCCGAAAGAAUUGCAAGAAAGUGCUUGGAAGGACUUGGCACUUCAAGCACCGCGUCCUGCACUGCACUUGUUACGUCAGGCUGAUUUGGACAAGGCCUUUCUCGACCUCGGGGAGCGCAUGUUCACAGAUGCAGUUUUUGUACGAAAUGAACGGAUUGCUCGUGAGCUGGGUGGCCGCUGGACAAAAGAAAUGUUGCAGCGCUGCGAGGAUGGCACAAGCGAGCCUGGGCAGCCGAAAAUUGACGAAACUGUGCAGCUGAAAGGAGAGGUUUUAUGGUGUGACACCGACAGAGUCACUGCUGGUUUGCUUGAGGUGGAGGGAUUGACUGUUUGUUGCUUCCGGACGCCUGAGCAACUCUUGCAGGUCUUCCGUCGCAGACGGCGACAUGUUGUGGGAAUUUUGACGUCCAUGAUGGAGAGAGGAGGCCGCAAGGAAAGAGGGGAGAUGAAUGCGUUUGACUUGUUCACAGCAGUUAUCAAGAUCGCUCAAGAGGACAGCUCACCUCAGACACCUAUCCUUGGUCUGAUAUCACUUUCCGCGGAGCGAGAUACUGCAGUCGCGGCAGGUGCAGACUUUGUAGUCUAUGGGGAUCGAUUCCGAGCACAGCAGCAGAUGCUGCGUUGGCUGCGACAGAAAUUGGAGCCAUGGCCGACUCUUUGCAGCGACAUGAAACGACCAUUUUUUCGCUCAUACAAUCUUACAUUUGCAGUCCAGGUUUUUCAUGACUGUCGUUAG